AUGUUUGCUGCCACGAUCACGCUCACGUAUUUCCUGCUCGCCGUUCCAGCGACUCAGGGGUUUUCGACAGCCUCCGGAUUCUUCGUAGACAAUGGGAUGGGCCAAAUGGUACGUGAUCCGAGCCGUUCCUUAGGAAAUCAGCUGGAAAUCGAACGCGAGAUACUGGAUCUGUUUGGGUUACACGAACGAGUUGCGUCGGACAAGCAUAAUUCCGGAUCGUUGAAGAAAUCCGCAUCGCAGUUCUUGCUAAACGUUUACAAUAAAUUUACCGAUCAAAAUGAAAACGACGAUGCCCAAACCGAUGAUCGUAAAAGGAAUCGACAGAAACGCAGUGAUAAUUACUUCAAUCGACACUUGUUUACGGUUGCGGAUGAACGAGCAAUUGAAGAGAGCGACGUCGUUAUGUCGUUUUUGAACAUGGGAGUAACCGAGUUAUCCAAUAAUAAUCAUAGAAGACAUAAUCAGCGGUUGUGGUUCGAUAUCAAUGAGAAUGGAAAGGAUUGUGACUCGCUGUUGUAUGCCAGCUUGCGAAUCUACAAAAAUUCUUCAAUCGACGAUUGGUAUGCUAUUGUCAGCGGGCGAUUUAUCACCGUAAUAGUAACGGUCGUCGGGGCGUGGGAUUCGGAACAGGAGGAAUAUUAUCAGGAACUAAUGAUAGAGCAAACGAUUCUCUACAAUUACGAAGGUUGGUUGGAAAUUAACGUCACGAAUGCGAUGGCCAGAUGGAUGGCUAACGCCAUCGGUAAUAAUGGAGUUUACAUAGACGCGAUUCAUACCGAAAGACCAGCGAAGAAUGUUCAGCCUCAAGAUCUAGGACUUGUACUGACUAACAAAUUUGGUCGAUUCCAGCCGUUCGUGGUAAGCUACUGCCAGAACCAUAAUAUGGUUAAACCUUCUGGUCACGAACGUUCCAAAAGAAGUGUGAAGAAGAAACAACACUCGAGAGCCGCAAAGAAGACCAUGAGAUUGAAGAACCCCUUUUCGGAUCGUUGGUCGCAGAAGGAGAAAAGUUGUCAAAUUCACACGCUUUAUGUUAGUUUCCGGGAUCUCAAUUGGCAGGAGUGGAUCAUUGCGCCGAACGGGUUCGAGGCGUACUUUUGUCACGGAGAAUGUAUUUUCCCGCUAAACUCACAUCUGAACGCUACGAACCAUGCGCUCAUCCAAACGCUCGUGCAUUUGAUACAACCAUCCAGCGUUCCGAAACCGUGCUGUGCCCCGACGAAGCUGCUUCCGAUUUCGGUGCUCUACCAUGUUGACGAUACGAAUGCGAUCUUGAAGAAGUACAAGGACAUGGUGGUGAAGAGCUGUGGGUGUUUAUAG